AAGCUCAGAGCCCAUCAAUAUUAGCAGCGUCGGCGCCAGAGUCGACUCUAAUCAGUAUCCCUCUCCACACAGCUUCACUUCAUCAGUUCUCACACUCUAGACAUCCCACAACAUGGCCGACGCUCUGAAGGCCGAGGGCAACAAGGCCUUCUCUGCCAAAGACUACCCGACUGCUAUUGAUAAGUUCACCCAGGCCAUUGCCCUUGACCCCAACAACCACGUCCUCUACUCCAACCGCUCCGCCGUCUAUGCUGCUCAGGCCGAAUACGAAAAGGCGCUCGCCGAUGCCGAGAAGGCCAUUGAGAUCAAACCAGAUUGGUCCAAGGGCCACCAACGGAAGGGCGCCGCCUACCGCGGUCUAGGAGAUCUCCUGUCCGCCCACGAUGCCUACGAAGAAGCCAUCAAGCUCGAGCCCACGAAUGAGCAGGCGAAGAACGGUUUCAACGCCGUGAAGAGAGCCAUUGAAGCUGAAGCCCAGGCUGACGGCGUUACCGGAGACCCCAUGGGAGGGCUUGGUAACAUUUUCAACGACCCCCAGCUCUUCCAGAAGCUGUCCAGCAACCCGAAGACCUCCGCCCUUCUCGCCGACGGCGACUUCAUGGCGAAGCUCAAGCGCCUUCAACAAAACCCGAACAGCAUUGGAGAGGAGAUCAAGGACCCCCGAUUCCUGCAGGUUAUGAGUGUGCUGUUGGGUAUUGACAUGAGCUUCGGAGCUCCUCCCGAGGCUGGCGGUCCCUCCGGCGCCACAGAGGCCGAAGAAGACGUGCCGAUGCCCGACGUCCGCCCAUCCGCUCCGAAGGAGGCACCUGAGCCUGAGCCGGCACCCGAGCCCGAGGAUGAGGAGACUCUUGCCAAGAAGAAGGCCCAGGAGGCAGGUGAUGCUGAGAAGCAGAUUGGUAACGACUUUUACAAGAAGAAGCAAUUCGACGAGGCCAUUGAGCACUACAACAAGGCGUGGGAGCUACACAAGGAUGUCACAUACCUCAACAACAUCGGUGCAGCUAAGUUUGAGAAGGGAGAUUUCCAGGGAGCUAUUGAGACAUGCCAGAAGGCUAUCGAAGAAGGACGUGACCUCCGCGCCGACUUCAAGAUUAUUGCCAAGUCUUUCACCAGAAUCGGUACCGCCUACGAGAGACUAGGCGACCUUGACAAGGCUAUCGAGAACUACAACAAGUCAUUGACGGAACACCGAACUCCGGACGCUCUCACUAAGCUGCGCAAUGCCGAGAAGGCCAGAGACAAGGCCAAGAAGGACGCGUACAUCGACCCUGAGGAGGCCGAGAAGGCUCGCGAAUUGGGUCAGAAGAAGUUCCAGGAGGCUGACUGGCCCGGUGCUGUCGAUGCCUUCACCGAGAUGACGAAGCGUGCUCCCAACGAUCCUCGAGGAUUCACCAACCGUGCGGCCGCCCUUAUCAAGCUCAUGGCCUUCCCCCAGGCUGUCCAGGACUGCGACGAGGCCAUCCGCCUCGAUCCCAAGUUCUUCCGUGCGUACAUGCGCAAAUCUCAGGCUCUAGUCGCGAUGAAGGAGUACAGCCGUGCUUUAGACGCCUGUACCGAUGCCCUGGAGCACGAUGACGGAACCCACGCCCGCGAGAUCGAGCAGCAGCAGCAAAAGGUUCUCGACGCCCAGUUCAGUGCUCGUGCUGGAGAAACCGAGCAAGAGACCAUGAACCGAAUCCAGAAUGAUCCAGAGAUCAUGUCUAUCCUCCAAGACCCCGUCAUGCAGAGCAUCCUCCAGCAGGCGAAGGGCGACCCUGCUGCCCUACAAGAGCACAUGAAGAACGCACAGGUUCGGCUGAAAAUUCAGAAACUGAUGGCCGCUGGUGUUAUUCGUCUUGGACGGUGAGUUUCGAAUCAAUGAUGAAGAGGUAAUGAGAGUGGUAGUUUGGCACCUGGAAAAACGGUCUCAUAAUUUUUCUUAAAUAUACCUACAUUCUGAAAUGACAAAUGGAUGCAUGCUAUUGACGAUUCCGCUGGAUUCAAUUUGAAAAUCAUUUUCUUGAUCAGUAAAAAAACUUCCUUAGAACAAUGCAGAUAUAUAUAUAUCUCUAGCCGAGUCAAAAAAACCACGCAAAAUUAGUAUACAGCACGACUACAAUCUUAAUUACCAAUACUUCCUGACCAAGUAUGUUGCACAAAGCAUGCAAAAUGCAAUCCGAACACAGCAAAGUUUCGCAGAAGUUGGUGCUGAUGGUCGCCGCUGGGCGAAGGACAGACAGCCCGAUAGAUCUCGGUCCUGUUGUGAGACGGACAAUUAUCAACUCCACUUGGAACUACAGGAACUGCCCCAGAUGCACAAACACAUCUGUGUGGUCGUGUGAUUCAACGGCAGAUGUAUUGCUCCGUGUGGAAAACUGACGGUCAAUGCAGCAUCCGGGCCCAGUCUUCAGAGUCGGUCUUCGCCGAUAGCACAAACAAACCUCACAGAUGCGCAAUGUUCCUUAUGCGGCUGCCUGCCUUGGAGCCGAGACGGAGGAGAGGAGCUCAGCUGAAGGUGACAAGAAUCAAGAUUUGAGAAGCGACCUUGAGAGGUCUGGGACCAGGCCGGCCUUGAGGCGGGAGGGAUAUCCCUCGCUCCGACUGGAAAUCUAGCAUGGGGAUUGGACAGCCGGCGGCUUUAGCCUGGGCACGAUGCGCCGCUAGUACUGAGGUAAG